AUGGAACUAUCGGAGAUAGAGGAGCUUUCGAAAAGGCUCCUUCGAAAGGAGGCAGAAAACGUCUUCCGGCUUCAGGCCUCAGCUUCCAUGGACAUGUGGCUGUGCAUGAAGCGGACCAUCACAGCUAUCGAGCAUGCCAAGAAAGCCUACGAAGAUGGCUGUUCCAAGGUCGCCGAGGCUUGCAAGAUUCUUCAAGACCACACCAACCUAGUCAAGGACAAAGAGGCUCUUGAGCGGCAAGUGAAAGCUACCAAGGCCAAGUUGUCUGAGAUGAGGGCGACCCUGGAUGCGUCCAUUCAGGCUACCAAAUGA